AUGCGAUUCCUUGUUGUGCUAGCAUUCUGCAUCUGGAUUGCUUAUGCUAAAGAUGGUUGUACAUGGGAUGGGAAAUAUUUUUUCGAAGAUUUCGUAAAGAAUGCACCCAAGCCCAUCGUUGAAGCAGUGGAGAAAGCGCUUAAAAAAAAGCUUCCUCAAACCAACCUACUUGCUUCAGUAAGAGUUAAAGAAGCAGACGAUAAGGAGUACACCCACGUGAUGACCGGAAGGCCAGCGUCCGAGAAUGUGAAUGUGUUGGUAUUCGAAAAUAAAGGAUCAACACUGGUGUUCGCUAAAACUAGUGACCACGAAGCAAUGAUGUCCAUAUUGACCCGUUGCAAGAGAGUUGGUGGCAAACCAAAACUACCGAACUUCUUGAAACAAUUUUUCAGAAAUUAA